CCUCAACCAUAUGAUGUACUUCCCUGUCAUGACAAACAUAAAAAAGAUUACAUAUUCUUGACAGGUACAGCAAAAGUUUAGGCCCUAUAUCUGACAUUGGACAGCACCCAUAUUCUCACUACACAAACUGUUAGAAAUAGGAAAGCGGUACCGUAGCAACUCAAGUUACAAUAGGUUGAGCUACAGACUUCGCAGUUUUUUUAAAUUUAUAUUUCGGUUUAAAUGGCAUUUUCUUGACACCAGCACCAGUACCAAUGAAAACGAGUGGAGAUUAACAAGUUCAAAGUAGGGGGUCAUACUUUUUUGUUAUGUGCAAUGAUUGAAUGAAAUCACCAGUAAUUGCGUUUAAACAGGUGUCUGAGGAGACAUUUUUUUUUUACCUUAAGCAAAAGUUUUAACUUUAAUAUAACAACAUGCACAUAUUAGUGCACGUAGAUAUAUCCGAGAUUUAUACAGCACACUACCCGCAAAUAAAUCGUGUGACGUUUGCAUCAUUAAAGUUUUGCCGAUUGUGAUUCAGAAGGAAAACUCAUUUUUGUCCCCCCACGCCCACCGUCUCAACUGUGUUCGCAACUUUAGGAGUCGAUGACACUGUACUUCCGUCUGGAAGAGGCGCGCAUCUUCGAAGCGGAGCGCACCGCCCCGCCCCGAAACGUGCACGGUCCUAACUUCUCCAGAGUCACAUGCUCGUCAAACGCAACCCGUGCACUUGUAAACGAGAGAGAGUAGGCGUGUCAACGAGGGUAGGUCGCUGUCCGGGUUGAGAGGGGUGUGUGUCUUUCACGUAUAAGUGUUAGACUGCAGCUGAACCGCCAGAAAAUGCGACUGUGCACAUCUGACCUGUACGUACAGCGGACGAAGGAGACAGGUAACAGCGCGAGGCGCGUCGCCCGCAGCUCAGCUCGAGUCGGCGGGGCGGGGUCUCCGCGAACUCUGGCACCGAUUAUGCGUGAGGUCCGCGUGGUCGAAGAGUCUCGAAGAAACACAGUGAAGAUUUAUAUUGUACUUUUUCUGGGAAGCUGUCUUCUGGGUGAAAAGGCGGCAUUGGCUUGCAGAAUUAAUGAACGACGAGCCAUGUGUACUUGGAAUUCACUCAAGGAGGUUCCGGUGUUGCCCUCUGACAUUAUUCUAUUGGAUUUGAGCAUUAACAAUAUAGGUGAAGUUAACGAAGCAUCUUUCGUUGGACUUGAGCAACUUCAAAUAUUGGAUCUUGGGUCCCAGCGUACAGAAAAGCUCACAAUUAAGGAAGGUACCUUUAGAAGACUGUCAAAUUUGACAUAUCUUCAUUUGGGAGACAACCACUUGCUUAUUCUUGAACAAGAUGCUUUUGUAGGGUUGUCACGGCUGCAAAAUCUUGUUUUACUAAACAAUGGUCUGGACAGGUUGAUUUUAGAAGAGGAAUACCUUAAGCCUCUGGUGUCAUUAGAAACACUGGACCUCUCCUUUAACAAAAUAGAAACAAUUAGACCUGGUCUGUUUUUUCAGAAUAUGACAAAGCUCAAAGUAGUACGUCUGAAACUUAACAAAGUUGGCAGCAUGUGUGAGCAAGACUUGCUGGGUUUUCAAGGUAAAGAUUUUAACUUUCUUGAAUUUUCAAGCCUUCAGCUGAAUGACAUGGAAAUGCAUAACUUUAACUGGCAGAAAUGUGGAAACCCAUUCAGAAACAUAUCUGUCAGAGUGCUAGAUUUGUCAGGGAAUGGAUUGUAUGAUGAUAAAGCACGAUUGUUUUUUAAAGCAAUAGAGGGCACAAACAUUAGUCAUCUUAUUCUUUCUUCAAAUACGAUGGGCAAAGGUUUUGGAUUUUCAAAUUUAAAAGACCCUACCAGAGAGAUAUUCAGUGGCCUGAAGAAUAGCUCUGUCAAAACUCUAGAUUUGUCGAGAAAUUAUAUCUUUUCUCUAGAAUUUUCAGUAUUGAGUGCGUUGCAGGAUGCUGAGGAGAUUAUAUUGUCUGACAAUAAAAUUAACCAGAUUCAAAGAAAUGCAUUUUUUGGACUUGUCAGUUUACAGAAGCUUAGUCUCUCAUAUAAUCUUAUUGGGGAAAUCUAUGAAUAUACAUUUUACAAUUUACCCAAUCUUGUUGAACUGGAUUUGUCAUACAACCAUAUUGGUGUAGUUGCAUAUAAAUCAUUCAGCAAAAUGUCUAAAUUAAGGGUCUUAAAUAUUUUUGGGAACUCUCUAAAACAACUUCACACAUUUGAAACAAUACCCAAUCUGGUACUCUUGAACAUGAGUGACAAUAAGCUGACAUCAGUGUAUGGUCUUUCUGUUUCUUCUCGUAAUUCAUCAAUCAUUGACUUGUCUCAUAACAGGCUAAGUGACUUAAAAUGUGUCUAUGAAAUUCUUAAUAAAAUGCCCUCUGUUCAGAUACUUGCAUUAAGUCACAACUUGCUAGUGCAGUGCAUACCUGAAUAUUCUGUACCCCCCCAAAAUAGUUUGAUUUACCUUGACUUGGAACAUAAUGCAUUACAGACAGUUUGGCAAAAAGGCAUUUGCUUUGACAUCUUUGACAAUCUUAGUAAGCUUUUAUAUCUCUUUUUAAGCCAUAACUUUCUUAGCUCUCUCCCAGAUGGUAUUUUUAAAGGUCUGACUUCUUUGCAAGUGCUAGAUGUGUCUUACAACUCAUUAACGUAUCUCCCACGAAACAUUUUCCCAGAAAGCCUGGAACAGCUCAAUUUGUCUCAUAACUUUCUAAGCUCUCCUGAUCCCCACAAUUUCCAAUUCAUUAGAGUUCUUGACCUUGGCAUGAAUCGCUUUCUCUGUAACUGUGCUUUAAAAGAUUUCCUCCUGUGGAUGAAUCAAACAAAUGUGAUAUUUUUCACUCCUAUAGACAGUUUAACAUGUGAAUACCCCAAAAGUUUACGUGGAGUCCAAAUCAAGUUCUAUGCAGAUUUGUGUGAGGAAGAGGACGAAAGGUUAAUAUCAAAACUAAGGCUCACAUUAUCCAUAGGUUGCUCAAUACUCGUCAUGUGGUUCUUGAUAUGCACCAUUACUUUCGCACAUUUCCGGGGAGAGUGUUUCAUUUUUUACAAGAGGACAAUGAAAAAAGUUAUUGAGGGUCAUGAGAAGAAGCCUUCACUGGACACUGGAUGCAAGUAUGAUGCUUUUUUGUGUUUUUGCAGCAGCGACUCCAAAUGGGUGGAGAUGGCUUUGCUUAAAAGACUUGAUUCUCAGUUUUCAGAUAAAAACCUGCUGCGCUGUUGUUUUGAGGCACGAGAUUUUAUUCCAGGGGUUGAUUACAUCUCAAGUAUAAGCGAUGCAAUCUGGUCCAGCAGGAAAACUAUUUGCAUUGUGACUGAAGCGUUUCUGAAAGAUGGCUGGUGCUUAGAGACCUUCAGAUUGGCCCAAAGCAGGAUGUUUGAUGAGGUAAAGGAUGUCCUCAUUGCUGUGGUUGUUGGAAGCAUCCCACACUUCAGAUUAAUGAAACAUGAGGCAAUUAGGGCAUUUGUCAAAAAGAAAGAGUAUUUACGAUGGCCAGAAGAUUUACAAGACCUGGAAUGGUUUUAUGCUAAGCUAACAGGAAAGAUUUUAGAAAAAAAAUUCAAAAACAAAAAUGCUACUGAACUCCAGAAUAUCAGAACAGUUGUGACCAACUAAAAUAUUGUGCUUUGACUGUUGUAUAACAUUUAAUAUUUUGUUUCACCAGUCUGUGAUUAAUACUAUUUGUGAUUUGCUUCACACAGGAAGCAAAUAAGAGGUAUGCAGUGUCACUCAUGUAUACAGUAUUGCGCUUUUAUUUUCUCAUGAAUCUUUUUUCUGU